GGGCGGGGAGUGGGCGGGGCCUGAGCGCGCCUGCGCAGUCCACUCUACUCGGCGGCGGCGGAGACGCGCAGAAGGAAAGAUGGAAGACUUCCAGGCUUCCGAGGAGACUGCAUUUGUUGUUGAUGAAGUGAGCAACAUUGUAAAGGAGGCUAUAGAAAGUGCCAUCGGUGGCAACGCCUACCAGCACAGCAAAGUCAAUCAGUGGACCACAAAUGUUGUAGAGCAGACUUUGAGCCACCUCACCAAGCUGGGAAAACCAUUUAAAUACAUUGUGACCUGUGUGAUCAUGCAGAAGAACGGAGCUGGGUUACACACUGCAAGUUCCUGCUUCUGGGACAGCUCUACGGACGGGAGCUGCACGGUGCGAUGGGAGAACAAGACCAUGUACUGCAUCGUCAGCGCCUUCGGGCUGUCCAUCUGACCUCCUCGCCAGCCUGCGGCUCCGCCUUUCCGUUUCAUCCUAACCACCAGCUAUGAAUCGGGUGAUCACCUUCCUCCUCCUUGUGUUGUGUGGCACUCUCAAAUGUAGAGAAAUAAACCAGAUGACUCCGUGGUCACAGGAGCACAAUGUCAGGCAGUGGAGCAGCCAGCCACCUGUCACCCGAGGCUGGUGGUGCCACUUGUCUUAACUGUCUCUUCUCAAAGGUGCUAAAAACCGACGUCUGCGAGGAGGAAACUUUCUCUACUUCCUGAAAUGAUUCAGAUACACUAAUUUUCCAUACUUUAUACUUUUGUUAGAAUAAUAAAUUAUUCAAAAUUAAA